CUUAAAUUUUUUUACCACUAGAUUACCAUUAAAAUGGUAUACAACAUUUGACCCAAAAAUGGUACUAUACAAUAAAAACACACGAAAUAAAGAAAAACAAAGCAAAGAAGACUAGUCAAAACCGAAGAGCCAAAAAAAAAAAAAAAAAAAAAAACCGAAGAGCCAAAUUGAAUAAAAUGAUUUCUUAACAAUAAGUUUUUGAAAGUUUAUGGUAAUAAUAACAUAACCCCGGCGGAACACAAAGAAAUCCCCGGAAGCUAAGCCCACAAGAGGGAAACAAGAACCCAAACAAACACGGGUGACAUACCAACAUCCAGAGAUUAAACGAACCACCUACACUCCUUUUACAAAACACAAACCCAGCUAUCAAUGAUAAAAGAACAGAGCUUUAAUGAACUAAAACUAGCCGGAACUCUUGGCAACGAACUGAACAAGAGAGAGCAAGCAACGUAGAGGACUUCUUUAUGGAGAGCAGAACUUCAUUUGAACCACCUGUUCAUAAUGAUAACACCCACACCACUUCAACGAAGUGAAGACAUAAAACCAGGAUGUAACAACACCCGCCAGAGCACCAUAUACUCAACCGCACCUUAAUCUGGAAAGCCUCCAUGCCUCAACCUCUUUCUAUUGCUUCAAACGAAGCCACGAGGAAACCAGAGACCAAAGGAAGAUUCAGAUAAACACUGAAAAGAAAGACGGGAGAAGGCCUCCAAUAAACUCUGAAAACCACCUACAACUCAAGGACCAAAACCUGCAACUGCUCACCAUACACUCCCACGCCACUGCUACACCGUUGCAGAAUCAAAGACCAUCAAACACAAGUUCGAGAACACAAGAGUGCUUAAUCACACAUAAUCCCUCGGCCAGAGGAAGUCACAAAGGCGGAAGGACGACUGGGACAGAACUGAAGAACUCUCUCUGCUGAGACACCGAAGCAUGAACAGAGAAGAAAAGCCAGCAGCCUCACUAUGGUAGUGGACUCAUCACUCCGGCCGGAUCUGAGACAGAGAAGCACAGAUCUAACAACUUGACAAAUCUGUAACAACAAGAAACCCAGAUCUACAAAAGCUUGAUAACAAAUCCGAAAAUGAAUCACAGAUCUGUCAUCAAAAAGCUUUAAUAAAGGUUAACAAAAGCAAUCUAAGCCAUCAAAAGCCAGAGAAAGUAUACAAAAAGAAGUGUAGGUUUGAACAGGAAAGAACUAGAACAGCUAAACACAAGAAUAAGGCUCCGACGGCAACGCUAAAGACGCGCCACCGUCGGAACCACCACAAAUCAACCGGAGAAGAAAGCCUAGAGAGUGAAGGACUUUUGUCGACGAAUCGCCUCAGAUGUUUUUUAUUUGUAUUCUAUCUACUCCGACGAAUCGCCGGCUUUAGUAUCUCAACCUUGUAUCUUUUUCAAGUUAUCAAUGAAAAUCAGAUGGAAAAAAAAAAAAAUAAUAACAUAACCCCUAGUGAAGACUAAUGGGUGAUCAUUUAUUUUAUUUUAACUACCAGAGCAAAUUUGACUGAAAUAAUAAUUUCUUUAACAAUAAUUUUCUGAAAAGUUCUGAUAAUAACAUAACUUCUAGUGAAGACUAAGGGGGUGAUCAUUUAUUUUAUUUUAAUUACCAGUUAUGUGGUAUUGAGAAUGUAAAUCGUCGUGAUUCACCUUAAGAUUUUUUCAGCCAUACUGUCGAGUCAAUGAAAUUGAGAAUGUAUGGACUUGGUUUCCAAAAAAAGAAAUUAAAAUAUUCAACAAGAAUAAAAGUUGCGGGGCCGUUAUGGAAAAGUAGUAAAAGUAGGGGGAUUGUCUGGAGAAAUGAAAAAUAUUUGAAGAAGGUAGGGCAGUGAAGACACGUGUAUAAAGGCGGAGAGGGGAAGAAAAAUCCAGAGGAUCUAGCUUCAAGGGCUUCACAUCUCUCUUCGUCGACGGUCUAUCUCUCUCUGGAUUCUCCAAACUCAUCUUCUCUUCUUCAAUUCCAACACUGAAAAAGUUUUAGGGUUUCUGGAUGAGAACGUUGAUGAUUGGUUCAAUCGAAAAGAGCUUUGAUUAAUUUAUUGGGAUUUUUAAAGGGUAAUUGGACGUUUCCGAAUUGAAAAAAUUAAAUAAAAUUUUAUAGAUUUGAAAAGGAAGUGAGCGAGUGUAAAGUGUAAACUAUGAGGGCAUUGCACAAAUCCAAAAGGGUCUCUUGGCCCCCAGAUUUUAAACUUUGUCAGGUACGGCUCUUCAUAUCAGAGGAUUCACCUUCACAAGUUGGAUCAGAAUCUCAAGAUCACUUUCAAGCCAAGUCAUCAGGGGCUUCACAUCUAAGUGAUGAUAAUCUGCCACCUGGUUUCGGUGGAAUGCUUUCUCCAAAUGAGUCUCAGAUCAAGUUAUCAGACAUCCCAGUAAUUAAGUGGAAUUGCUCUAACCGGACUCUGCUAGAUGAUGAAUGGAGAAUGGUUGCAGGGAACGAAAGCAAAGAAGCUGAGGCGCAAAACCAGAGGGAACUGAGAGUUCUUGAAGCAUUCUAUCCUGGCGCAUCAUCUAUUCCUCCUAACCCUUCGGUUCCAGCUGAUGUUGACACCUCAGAUUAUGAUGAUCAGCAAACCCUUGUCAUACCCAUUCUAGUUGUAGAAGAUGACGACGUGGCGACGGAUACAGCAUCUGAACUCCCAACCCAAUCUGGCGUGGAUGUGCCAUCAAUAACCAAUGAGACCACAUCGACUUCAUCAUCUCUCCCUGCAGCGUCAGAAAUUAUGGCUGCGUUAUCUGCACUUUCAAAUAGCAAAGAACAAGGCGGCAGCAUGAUAGACAAAGAUUUGCUUAUCAAAAUCCUAAGCAACCCUAAGAUGGUGGAGAAUCUUGUUACAAACUGUGGUAGUAGUGCAGGUUCAGUCUCCUCCAACGCAUCUCAUGAAGCCAAAGGAGUGGUAGCCACCGCCACGACACCUGCCUGUUCAAAUGGACAAUAUAACCCUCAGCCAGCGGUAGCCCAUAUUCCUCCUCCCAUGGUCUAUCUUCCUCCAGCACGUUCAAACCAGUCCAACUAUGGUGCACCACCACCACCAGCAAAAGAUGCUAGUUAUUACAAGAGCCUGAUACAGCAACAUGGAGGAGAAAGACAAGAGGCGCCGCCACCGCCAGUGCAACAUCUAGGUGGUUAUCGUUACAGCCAACCUGGAGCAGGAGGAGGAGGACCUAACCCUGAGAUAGUUAGCAAUAGGCCAAGGGAUUCAAAACCCAAGAUAAUGAAGCCGUGCAUGUACUUCAACACCUCGAGGGGUUGUCGCAAUGGAGCUAACUGUUUAUUCCAGCACGAUGCUACAGCAGCUUACCAGCCGAGGAAUAUCAACAACAAUCCUGAGAUGCAACGUGCAAAAAGAAUGAGAUUCGACAGGGUCUGAAGCAGGAGUUAGCAAAACCACCAUCAUCUUUUUGCCUCCUUGAUGUUAGCAGCAGAGCAAUUUUCUUCUUUCCUUUCUUGCCUAGCUUUGCUGCUAUAUAAGUUUCAAUUACUUUUGAAACUAUUUCUUCUUUUGAUUAAAAAAAAAAUAGAAUUAAUCGGCUGAGCACCUUUCUUGAGAUGAUUUUCAA